AUGAUGCAAAAGAAAUCGAAGUGCCAAAUUGCGAGGACCAAACCCUCCGUCGAAAACGUUAUACCGUAUGCCCAAUUCAAGAAGACACAACCACGAUUCAACGGCAACUUUUCCGCAUUGAAUAACGAAGAAUACAUAAUACUAUUUGGCGGGGGUCGAGACUUGAUACUCGGUUCCUUGACACCUUGUUUCAGUUCUCACUUGUCCAACCAAGCCGACUCACAGGACCCUAACGAACACGGUACAGACCUGUUUCUACUCAACAGCUGCAUUGUCAUUUGGUUCAAUGGGCUGGGAUAUGGGCUGGAAAUUCCAUACAGCAGCGUUCUGUAUCAUGCAUCAAGACGCCUGCCGGAUGGGAGAGAAGGGCUUCGGCUAGAGAUUCUGCUGACCUUGGAAAGAGACGAAGUGUUGGACAUGCUCUACCAAAGCCUCCAGCCGCAGGCCAGCGACCUCGACGUGGAAGACGCACAUGACUUCACCGUGCAGAGCGUGGAAUUGACCAUCAGGCCAAGAUACUCGACAUACGAUCGCCACUAUAACAACGAAAUCGAAACUCUUUUCACUUUCGAGAACUUCGGCGUGAACAGGGGCGAUGACCUGGUGAACAAUUGCAACGAAGCACUAGCCGUAUGCAUGGACUUGCACGGUGGGGACGUACAAGACCAGGACCAAGACCAAGAUCUCGGCAUGCCGUUUGAGGGUGCGCAAGAUCUCAACGCCGCCUACGCUGGGCUGGGAGACACCCUUCAUGGGCCGCCCGUAUACCAGAACGACGGGCUGGCAGACGAUCUGGACGGGGAUCUCGUUAUGGACAACGUGGUCUCUAAGGGCGGCCCAGAAGCAAGCAUGUCUAUGGAGUUCUACGCAAAUCAAAAUCUCACUGGCAGAAAGAACGCCAGAGAAGAAUGA